GAUUAGAUAAAUAGGUACUCACAUUAUAUAAUAUCACUGUACGUUUUAAGUGUCUCUGUACAAUUUCUCAAUACGGUCUUUUAUUGUAUUCAGCAUAGACAACUACUCUUAUAAUGUUAAAGUUUUUCCUCGUCUUAACUUUAAUUCAACAAAUAACUUGCAAACAUAUUUUAUUUUUAAAUUUGGUUCCAUCGCCAAGUCAUCAUGGAUGGAAUGAAAUUUUAAUCGAAGGUUUAUUAAGCAGGAACCAUAAUGUUACAAUGAUCGGGUAUUAUGAACCCAAAAUAAAACAUCCCAAUUAUGAUGUUUUACAAGUUGAUGUGAAACCAUUUACUCAAAGCGUUGAUACUAUAAUGGAACAAAUAUCAGCUGAUGGUUCUGCAAGUAUAAAAUCAAUAUUCCAUUUAGCAACAUUUGUUGAAAAUAGUUGUAAAUAUAGUUUAAAUACGCAACAAUUUAAGCAACUUUUAGAUUACCCCAAAGAUUCGUUUGAUUUGAUUAUUUUCGAUAUAACAUUUUCAGAAUGUUUUUUACCUUUAAUAGAUCAUUUUGGGUUACCCCCAACGGUUGCUGUAACCGCUUUCGGAAUGUACACUUAUUUCAACGAUAUUGUUGGCCAAUCAACGGAAAAUUAUAUUCCAUAUUUCGGUUUACCCUACACCGAUCAAAUGAGCUUUUUUGAACGAAUGCACAGCUUAUUUUAUUUAACCAUGGAAAGUAUAAUAAGAGUAAAUUCUAUUAAGAAAUUAAACGAUAUCUCUAAAGAAACUUUUGGAACAAAAUCUAGAAGCAUUGAAGAUUUAUUUAAAGAAAUUUCUUUAAUUUUUCCUAAUGAUAACCCGAUUUUGGAUUAUCCCAAACCAACGGCACCAAAUGUUAUUCCAAUCGGUGGGGUUCAAGUUAAGCCACCGAAAAAACUUGAUAAGGACUUACAAAAAAUUUUAGACGAUUCCAAACAAGGUGUAAUUUUCGUAUCUUUAGGUUCAAACUUUUUACCAAAAUACUACGGAAAGCACGUUAUAAAAGCUUUCAAGGAAUCGUUCUCAAAACUAAAUCAAACCGUUCUAUGGAAAUUCGAUGAUGAUGGUGAUCUUUCUAAAAAUAUUGUUACUCGAAAAUGGUUCUCUCAAAGCGAUAUUUUGGCCCAUCCAAACACGAAGCUUUUUAUAACUCAUUGUGGUGGACUAAGUACGCAAGAAACUAUAAUUAGGGGUGUUCCAGUUAUCGGAAUACCGUUAUUUGCUGAUCAAUUUAACCGAGCCGGAAAGUAUCAAUCAAUUAAUGGAGGUGUAAUUCUAAAAUAUUGGGAGUUAACGACCGAUAAAGUUUAUGAUUCGAUUGUGGAAGUUUUAUCUAAUCCUGUGUAUAAAAACAAUAUGAAACGAUUUUCCAUGUUGUAUAAUGAACAACCGCAAAAACCAAUGGAAAAAUUUUUGAUUUGGAUCGAUUAUAUUCUUAAUAAUGGUCAUUUAAAACAUCUAUCUCUUGCAAGUAGAGAAAUGAGAUGGUAUCAAGUAGAAAAUUGGGAUAUUUUUGGAUUUAUUAUUGGUAUCGAAAAGAGAAAAUAA